CAGUGUACAGAAAACAGUGAAAGCAGAGUUUCUUAUUUGAUUUAACGAAGAAGAGGGCAUGCCAUCAAGCAUGUUUUCAGGUUCACUGUCAGCUCCAAGUGUUAAUGUUACAAUAGACACGGGAAAUCCUUUUCUCAAUCAAACUGUAGAUGGUUUCUUGAAGAUUGGAACUGUUGCAGCCACGAGGGCGGUUGCAGAGGAUACAUUCACAGCUAUUAAAAGAGGGAAGCUAUCACAAGAAUGUUUGGAGCACGCACUCAAGAGGAUGUGUAAAGAGGGUGCUUAUUGGGGUUCCGUAGCUGGAGUGUAUGUGGGAAUGGAGGAUGGAGUAGGGAGGAUCCGUGGCUCGAGAGACUGGAAGAAUGCCAUGAUUGGAGGUGCCCUCACAGGGGCUCUUGUCUCUGCGGUCGGCAAUAAUAACAAGGACAGGAUCGUGACGGAUGCCCUCACAGGAGGUGCCAUUGCAGCUGCCUCAGUGUUCCUUAAUAACCUUACCUAAACAGAGCAAACUGGAUUUCUCUACCUUGUCUCAUUUCUAGUAUUACCAUGUGGUGUGACCCUUUUUUAUUUUCUUUUUACAUUUCCUUAGUGAAUUUG